AUGGCGACAUUAAUCAGAGGUAAGCUUUCCAAUAAACUGUCCAACGCAGCCACGACUGUGUCCAACAAAUCCCAGGCGAAGGUGAGCGGCAUGUUCGCCAGGAUGGGCUUCCAGGCCGCCACCAACGAGGAGGCAGUGGGCUUCGCCGCCUGCGACGACCUGGACUACGACCACCGGCAUGGCAUGCAGAUGGACGUUAUGUCCACCGAUGAGAUGGGGGGAGAGCCGAGUGGAGACGGGGGCGCGGCGGCGGCGGGGGACAGCCACUACCAGAGGGACGGCACCGGUCCUUCGCGCUCAUCCUCAAAGGACGGGGGUCCGAAGAGCGAGUUGACCGAAGACAAACCAAAAAUCACCGUGUGGGAGGCGGGCUGGAACGUCACGAAUGCAAUCCAGGGGAUGUUUGUUCUCGGAUUGCCCUACGCCAUCCUGCACGGAGGAUACCUCGGACUCUUUCUCAUUAUUUUCGCCGCCGUAGUGUGCUGUUACACGGGGAAAAUCCUCAUUGCCUGCCUGUACGAGGAGGACGAAGACGGGCAGCUCGUCCGUGUGAGGGACUCCUAUGUGGACAUUGCCAACGCCUGCUGCGCGCCCAGAUUCCCCACUAUAGGAGGUCAUGUCGUGAAUGUAGCCCAGAUCAUAGAGCUGGUGAUGACUUGCAUCCUGUACGUGGUGGUCAGCGGCAAUCUCAUGUACAACAGCUUCCCCAACAUGCCAAUAUCCCAGAAGUCGUGGGCCAUCAUCGCCACCGUCGCCCUGCUCCCCUGCGCCUUCCUCAAGAACCUGAAAGCCGUCUCCAAGUUCAGCUUGCUGUGCACAAUGGCCCACUUCGUCAUCAACGUCCUGGUGAUCGCCUACUGCCUCUCCAGAGCCAGGGACUGGGCCUGGGACAAGGUCAAGUUCUACAUCGAUGUCAAGAAGUUCCCCAUCUCCAUUGGGAUUAUCGUGUUCAGCUACACGUCGCAGAUCUUCCUGCCGUCUCUGGAGGGGAACAUGAAUAAGCCCAGCGAGUUCUCCUGCAUGAUGAACUGGACUCACAUCUCUGCCUGCAUCCUCAAGGGCCUGUUCGCCCUGGUGGCCUACCUGACCUGGGCCGACGACACCAAGGAGGUCAUCACAGACAACCUGCCCUCAACCAUCCGCGCUGUCGUCAACCUCUUCCUCGUGGCCAAAGCUCUGCUGUCGUAUCCGUUGCCGUUUUUCGCAGCUGUGGAGGUGCUGGAGAAAUCCUUUUUCCAGGACGGGGGACGCGCCGUCUUCCCAGAUUGUUACGGGGGCGAUGGACGCCUAAAAUCCUGGGGACUCUCUCUCCGCUGUAUCCUUGUUGUGUUCACCCUGCUCAUGGCCAUCUAUGUGCCACACUUCGCCCUCCUCAUGGGCCUCACCGGCAGCCUGACGGGCGCGGGCCUGUGCUUUCUGCUUCCCAGCCUCUUCCACCUCAAGCUCUUAUGGAGAAAGCUGCUGUGGCACCAGGUCUUCUUUGACGUCGCCAUUUUUGUAAUAGGAGGUAUAUGCAGCAUAUCUGGUUUCAUCCACUCGAUGGAGGGGCUCAUAGAGGCUUACCACGACGGAGUAGAGGAGUAG